AUGGUAAGCAAGAAGAUUGCGGCGCAGCUGGAGAAGCUGCAGGGCGACGAGUGGGACUCGGACAGCGACAGCGAGACGACGAACACCGCCUCGAACACGUUUGACGCCAGCAAUGACCUGGUGACGCUUCCUACGGCUGCGGAGGCCGCUGCCAGCUCCUCCACCGGCAAGAAGCGUAAGAGUAAGAUGCAGCGCAAGAAAGAUGCGGCCGCACUCGUCAAGGAGAAGCAGGCCGAUAAGAAGAAGAACCAGCCUUCCAACGUUAUUUAUCUCGGCCGCGUCCCGCACGGCUUCUACGAGAAGCAGAUGCUGGGUUUCUUCAAGCAGUUCGGCGUCGUGCGUCGCGUGCGUCUCUCGCGCAAUAAGCGCACAGGCAAUUCGAAGCACUACGCCUUCAUCCAGUUCGACGAGCCCGAGGUGGCGCAGAUUGUGGCCAACACCAUGAACGAGUACCGACUGUUCGACCACACGCUCUCGUGCCACAUCGUGCCCUCGCACGCCGUGCACGAGCACAUGUUUGUCGGCGCCAACAAGGAGUUUAAGCCGCUGCCCCGGCAGGCCAUCAACCGCAACCGCCACAACGCCGAGAAGUCGUACGAGCAGACCGUCGUCAACAACAAGCGUCUUGUAACUAAAGAGAGGCAGAAACGCAAGGUGCUCAAGGCACUCGGCAUUGACUACGACUUCCCCGGAUACGAGGCCCAGAUGCCGGCCAAGAAACAGCACAUUGCGUUCACAUAA